AUGGAGAUCGUCGACAUGCUGGAAAGGCUAAGGGUUGACAUGUGUUCUCUGCAGGAAACAAGAUGGAAAUCAAAUGGUGUCUCUCACAUUAAAAGUUACAAGUUGUUCUGGAAUGGCCAAAAGACAACCCAAAAUAAAAAGGGAAUCUUCAUACGGGAAUCACUGGCACAAAAUGUACUGGAGGUAGUUCGAAUCAGCUCACGCCUAAUGCUGAUUAAACUCAGAAUGGGAAAACAGGUUCUGACUGUUUUCUCUGCAUAUGCACCACAGACCGGUGAAUCUGAAGACGCCAAAAAUGAGAUCUGGAACACACUCUCGGAGGCCGUCAGGAAAUCACCAUCAUCAGAGAUACCAUUGAUAUAUGGAGACCUCAACGGCCAUGUU